GGCCUACCUCAAGGUUCAUUAAACGUUCUGGCGCUCCUGCCUCUUUCUCCCCUCCUCAGCCCGUCGUUGUGCAGAAGGGCGCCCUCAGAGAGCCGCUGCCGUCGUCGUUCCCGCCAUUCCCACACUCGUUUGACCGUUGAUACUCGACCUCUGCUUGUGCGCCGGGGCAAGUCUAUCGCCCGCCAGCCCCUCUUUCCACCUCUCGUCCGUUGCAUUCACACACCCCUAUCUCAGGUAUAGGUAUACCCCUUUCGAUCUUUCCUUUGACGAAAUGACGUCAGGCUCUCCCUUGAUUGCCGGCCCUGACUGGCGGUCCUUCGCGGCGGCCGACCCCAACGCCAGCAAUCCAUCGGGCCGGGCCUGGGGAGCCUCAAGUCAGGGGCAAGACCUUGGCAGGGAAGAAGCCACAGCGAUGCUUCGUUCGGACUCUGGUAGUCGCAGGAGCUCUCGCCUCUUUGGCCAACAAACGGAUCCUGUCGGAUCAAGACCUGGAUCAAGGAGCGAAGUCUCGAGUCUCGGGGGUACAAGGUCGCCCGCACCUGGAUCUACGUCUAACUCGGCGGCAGCAAUGGGCGCCAUUGGCAGCCAGAGGCCUGGUGCCCGUGAGCUGGCGGCUGCGGCGUCCUCGGCAGCCGCUCGUUCCCGGGCCGCGUCGCCUUCACUGUCGUCUUACAACGGAUAUGGGCCUGGAGACGGAAUUGUGCCUUCGCUAAUGGGACUAGGAACGUCAUACCACGCCUUUCGGCUCAGCAACUCCAGCUCGCCGAGCUUUGCGACGGCCAUGAGCCAGCCCCAAUAUCCCUCUUCGGAGAGCAACAGAGAGGGCAGCUCUGUCGUGUCGCCUACUGCACGUCCUUCUGUCGAGACGCCAAAGCUCGUCAUUGAUGGCUUCAACCUGCCGCAGAAUGACGACAACGGUAGAGACCAGGAGGAUCGAGGUCAAGCCACGCCAGCAAUGUCGCGGGGGACCGAGAGCACCGACACGCAAGACCUGGCACAGAGCCCCUUGAGCGCUUCUGGCGCAGUGGCAGGCUUCAAUCUUCCACCAGGCCAGAGUGGGCUCCCCGCCAAGCCAGUCACGGCCUACCCAGGAGGCACAACCCAGGGCCUCGCUCGCCGUCUGCAGCCCAAGCGCACCGACACAGGCAAUUCGAGUCUAUCGAGCAGCGGCGGCUACGGUCAGACAUCGCCUUACCAUCAUCCGCCUCAGGUUGCGUCGCCCAAUAUUCCAUCGGGUGCCCUUGGUCAAGGCAGCACAGGCAUGCUCUCUCCCAGUAUGGCGGCCAGUGGCGCUCCUUCGUACAACAACGCCAGCUUCUCGCCCUUUGGAAGCCCUCCGAAGUCAUUCGAGAACACAUCUGGCGUACCACAUCUGCCUUUUAGUCAGCAUCGAGUGAUGCAACAGCAGCAGCAACAACAACAGCAACAUCAACAAAACCUUCCCAACUCGACGACGGUACCCAGUCGGACCACAUCGAUGGACGACGUUGCGUCGUCGUCGGACUUCGGGGGCAGUGGACCAGCAGCACCGACUUCGCAAUUUGACGCGCAGCUUCAGGCAUCUCCCUUCCUCCAGGAAGUCUUUGAUCGUCUGGUCCGUGUCGAGCUAGGCCUCAAGGAUGUCAAUCGACACAUUUCUGGACUCAGCCGCAACGUCAGCUUGCUGCUUGAUCGCACCAAGGCUCAAGGCGGGCCCCCAUCGAUGGGCAGCCGGACUCCCAGCGCUGAACACCUCCCGUCGCGAGGAUCGGCCGGUCCGGACGAUGUCCGUGCGCUGAGUGCUCAGAUUGCGGCUCUGAGCGCCAGUGUCUCGCAUCUGCUCGGUGGUGCGAGUCAGAAUGGCAUUAUUCCUGCACAGCCACCAACACAGCAGCUGGCAGGCCUGGGACUGGGAGCCGGAACGCCUCAGAUGACAUCUAUGGGCGGUCCUAUGAGUGAAGCGGGUGGCAGUACGAUUGCAACUCCCCAUUUGUCUACGCUCGGAGCCGGUGGAGCCACCGCCAGCGGCUCGAGAGGCUUCAACCACCAGGAUGCCAGGAGCAGCCGACUCAGCCCGAGACCCGGUGCCAGCCCCGGCCCGGUGAAUCGACGCUGGAGUUCCAUGGUGGGGAGUGAAGCUGGAGGGCAAGUCACGAGCAGCGGCGCCAUGGUGCCACCUGAUCCGAGCGUGAUUGUAACCAAGUGGGACCAUCUCAAUUUGCAUGCCGAUCUUCUCCGAUCCAUUCUCAAGUACGGCCUCGGACCGCCAAACAAGAUCCAGCAGCGGGCGCUCCCCUUUUUGCUCAGGGGAACCGAUAUCAUUGCUCAGGCGCCUCCGACGCAGGAGCGCAUCGCAAGCUACGUCAUUCCCGUCCUUCAGCUCGUCCUCAAUGUCCAGCGUGGCGAGCCCCUUCCCCCAGGCGGCGGCGUCCGUGGCCCGAUUGCCAUGAUCAUCAGCGCCACGGUCGAUCAAGCCACGCAGGCCCAGCGAAUGGCCCUUGGUCUUGGCUCCAGUCUGGGCAUCAGGGUCCAUAUUGCCGCUGCCGGCUCUAUCGACGUGUCUCAGGAGGCCACGGCAGUGAUCCAAUCACAAGCCCACGUCAUAGUCGGUACGCCGCAAAAGAUGAACGACCUCUUCACCUUCUUGGCUAACCGUGCCACGGGCGCGCUCAGCCUGGCCGACGUUCGCAUGGUUGUCCUGGACGAAGUGGACCAGCUCAUUGCGAGGAAUCUGUCUGACUACGUCAGCACCUUGCUUCGUAUUCUUCCUCAGCCCAGAAUGAUGGUCUCGUCUGGCCUGGAGAGGACGAGGAGCCCCAGUCUCUCUCCUGGCCUUCCUCCGCCCUCUUCUGGCACCGCGCUAAGCCCCUUCGACGGUGCCAACUCAUCUGCCGUCUCUACGACGACAGAGAGACAGACGGCCAUCUUCAGCAACACCGUGCCUCAAGAUGUCCUCAACUUUGCCCAGUCGAUCCACCUCCGCGAAACCGUUCGUGUCCUUGUUCGACGCGAAGGCGCCGGCGGCGGUGGCGCGUCUAGUGUCGGCUUUGGAACGACGGGCGGUGCCAAUGGGGGCAACUCGCCUGCCGUCGGAACUGCUGGGGGUUCCUUUGCUUCUGCGCCAAUGGUGAACGCAGUAGGAGGUGGAGGACCCGCCCAGAGCGGCGGCGCCUACGGUGGAGGGUCCGCUUUUCUUGGCGGCGGCAGCAUGACGGAGGGUCAACCUGCCAACGCACUUGGUGCCAGCCCCGCCAAUAGCAACACCAACCCUCUGGCCGAUCCUUUGCUCUCGGCCCUGCGAGGUAUGCGCCAGUACUAUCUGUACGUCGCUGUCAGCACUGGCGGUGGAGCCAAUAGCCCCAACCCGGCCGUCACAAUGGGCUCGGCCAUGUCCCACGCUGUCGAAAUGAAGCUCGAGGUCAUCACGGACCUGCUCGAAGACAUUGAUUUUGGACAGGCUGUGAUCUACACGUCUUCGUCUGCGACGCACGAGGCCGUUGUGUACAAGCUAGCCUCCAAGGGCAUCGAGGCUCUCUCGCUGCACAGAGACAUGGCCAACAUCACCCGCCAGCAGGUCCUAGCAAAGUAUCGAAGCGCUUCCUCGGCCGGCUCUGCAUACCAGAAUGCCGGGAACCAGGUUGUCGGUGGGCCCGGGGGAACGCCUUCGAUGAAGACGAACCGUAAGGCGCUCGUCGUGUACGACGUGUCGGUCAAUCCCCGCGAAGUGCAUCAGGUGCCUCUCAUCGUCUUCUACGACUUACCCCGAAGCGUCGAGGAGUACAAGGAGAAGCUCGCUUGCGCGGCUGCUGGUGGAUUGGGUCGGCCAAGCGUGUGCGUCAAUGUCGUCACUGGCUCCGGGGGACCGAGGGGCGACAUUGAGAUGCUGCGUACGCUGGAAUGCCACCUUGGCUGCAAGAUGGCCGAAUUGCCCAUGAAUCCUGGUCAGAUUCUCAACUUUUAAUCUUUACAACAUGUUUCUUCUCUCACCUCCCUCCCCUUUCUCUUCCUCCCCUUCUCUUCUUCGAUGCUGCUCUCUUCUCCUUUUCCUAUCGCCUCUUUCUUCCUCUAGCUGUAGACUUUCCCGAACACUACCUUUGUGUUUUCCCUCGAGCAUCACUUCAUUUAGCCGCCAAACGCAUGUAGCAAUCUGUUCCAAGUCUCUCUUUCCACGCAGAAUCUCAUGUCCACUAACCAUUUCAAC